AUGCCAGAAUUCGGCAUGCCACCAACCCAAAAGACAAGAUCUUCGGGCUCUACGGCAUUUCUCAGAGACUCGGACAUGGCCAAGAUAUACACGGAAGCGACGAAGGCUAUCAUACGGCACGAGAACACCCUAUGGCCGCUGGAUAAUGUGUGGAGUGGAAACCGCCAGAGUGGUCUGCCAUCCUGGGUUCCUGACUGGAGCGACGACUAUAGAUGGUUCGACGAUGUUUUGAUCGAGCUAGGAGGCGUUCCCCUGGACUCUGCAGACCGAGAGACUACAACUCACUGGGAAGGGCCGGUGGAUGGACAGAGCUACGAAAUCAAGUUCACUGGUGACGACGGCAUUGUUCUGCAAGGCCAAACACUUGGUGUGAUCGAGACGGUUUUUGACGACCGCGACAGAGCGCUUAUUGAAAAGGACAUCUUGGCUGCGCAGCGGCUAUCCGUUGAAUACGAACUUACACUAAAGCGGCAUGGCGCAGAACGGAUCAGGUUCUUCAGGCGCAUCUACGCCGAAUGCGACAAUGCUGAGCAUGCCGAAGCCUGUCUUCUAGCAUUCUGCUGGUUAUUGCUGACUUACAGCCCGAACCAACCCAAGGAGGGCUUCAAAAGAGGGUUCAAGGACCUGCAUACUCUCUUCAAAUCCACACUCCCAGGUUGCGAGGAGAACCGUCGGUAUAUCUUCUCCCAAGCCAGGGAAAAGCUUCAGAAGGCACUCAACGAGCAUCAAAGACACCCCAAAGUGCUCGCUUUCGUCGACUCGGACAUUGACGCAGCAAUAGAUGUCGUGUUGUCCCUACAUCAAGGCCCGGAGUACGUUAUCCGUUCGACGCCUGAAGAUGCGAGGCCGGGAUCUGUCUUCCGCCUGCUGGGCUCUGCAACAGGAUUUUACAGAACAAUUCAGGGUCUUUCUAUAAACAAGGCAGUCUUCAUUGCGGACUCCGACAUUAUAGGCUACGCCCAGGGGCGUGUUUGCGUGGGAGACAGUGUUGUCAAGUUCUAUCAGGCCUCGUCCCCUUCGGUCCUGCAUCCUUGCGGACCGCACUAUCAGCUUCACUCUCUGGCGGUCGUAAAGACGGAAGGUGCUCUCAGUGACCUUCUGGACAGUGCUGUAUCAACAACUUACAAGAUCCGAUGA